AUGGGCCGGUCACCAGAUCCAAGAGCUGUGAGCUGCCUAAGAAAUGAUGGCAUUAACACAGCCCAUAAAGCAAGACAGGUUACCAAAGAAGACUUUGCCACUUUUGAUUAUAUACUAUGUAUGGAUGAGAGCAAUCUGAGAAAUCUGAAUAGAAAAAGUAAUCAAGUUAAAAACUGCAGAGUGAAAAUCGAACUACUCGGGAGCUAUGAACCACAAAAACAAUUUAUCAUUGAAGAUCCCUAUUAUGGCAACGACGUGGACUUUGAGACCGUCUACCAGCAGUGUGUGCGGUGCUGCAGGGCCUUCCUGGAGAAGGUCCGCUGA